AGAAGAUGAAAUUAAAAAUGAAAAAAGAUUAUUUGAUGAGAAGUUUAGAAUGCUUAGCAGAAAGCUUGAUAUUAAUUCAACUGAAUCAAGAUUUAUGACCAUCAACUGUAAAUAUAACGUACUCAAAAGAGACUCAAAAAAGAAUAGCUGUGAAGUACAUAAUAGAUGCUUCAGUUCAUUGCAAAGUAUCAAUGAACAAUAA